UCUUGAGGUGUUUGCAAGCCGCCAGUAAGCCGAGAGGGGAAGAAGAAGAACUGGCGGUCCAGCCGGAAGUCCAGCCAUAGAUCGUUUACCACGGUGACAAGUAGCGGCUCAGCAAAAACAACAUCAUGGCUGCGGACUGCGAUGUGCUGUCUGAGAUCGAGGUGCUCCAGUCCAUCUACCUGGACGAGCUGCAGGUCACCAGGACAGAAGAUGGGGGCUGGGAGGUGAGCCUGGUUCUUUACCCCUCCACGGCGGAGGACUCUGUCUCCCAGUUUGUUCGGCUCACCCUCACCUUGAUCCUGGAUCAGCAGUACCCUUCCACUUCUCCAUCCAUUUCUAUUCAUAACCCCCGGGGGCUCUCAGAUGACAAGCUUAGCAGUGUCCAGAAGUGUCUGCAGAUGGAGGCAGAAUCCUGUCUGGGUUCACCAGUGUUGUAUCAGCUUAUUGAGAAAGCAAAAGAGAUCCUGACAGAAAGCAAUAUUCCCCAUGGAAACUGUGUCAUUUGUCUUUAUGGGUUUAAGGAGGGAGAGACCUUCACUAAAACAAGCUGCUAUCACUAUUUCCACUCGCACUGCCUGGGCCGCUAUGUCAGCCACUCUGAGAGGGAGCUCCGACAGAGGGAGAAGGAACUGGAGGAGGACAAGACCAGAGACAGAUCAGACCAGCAGGAGCUGACUGUUGUCUGUCCAGUGUGCAGAGAGCCUCUGACAUAUGAUGUCGAUCAGCUCCUCUCCUCCCCUGCACCCCGCUUUCCCAAGAUGGAAGAGGCGAUCAUCGGGGCAGAUUUUCGCCACAAGUGGUGUGAACUCCAUAGGCUGUGGGAAAGACAGAGGGCUAAAGGUGGCAUCAUUGACCCUGAGGUGGAAUCAAAUCGUUUCCUCAUCCAUAUCAAUGAGGCUGCUACUGAGGAAGAAAACGGCACCCUGGAUGAUGAAGUCUCUCCCAGCCAGUUGGUGCCCUCUGCCACUGUCACAUGCUCUGAUGAAAAUGGUGUGAGGGCGGAGCAGCUUCACACUGGCCCAUCACAUUGCAGAGGCGCUCCAAGUCAGAGGCGACAGGGUCAUGCCAAGGGGCCGAGGAGAGGAGGCCGAGGGAAGCCACAACAUGGAAGACCUGCCCCCCCCACUGAACACCUAGACAAACUGUCUCUGUCCUCAGACAGCACCUGUGGCCACUCCCCUGAAGGAAAAAUCAAAGCCAAACUUAAGAUUAACCAUGGCCAACAGAAGCUAGGAAAUGCGGAGCUAAAUCAGUCGAAGACAGACAGCGAAAGCCCCACAGACCUCACCCAGGAGCCUCCGCUCUCUACACACCAACAGCCAGUAUGCCAGUCAAGCUCCAGCGCCCCGAACACCGAAUGCCCCAAAGACGCUGGAGUGUUUGCAAGCGGCCGUGGUCACCGAGGCAGGAGAAGGGGCCCUCAUGGAUCUGUCCAACAGCCAAAGCAUCUCAGAGGAACAGAACACUGGGACGCUCCAGGAGCUGUGCGCCACCACUGGGAAGGGCGAGGCCUGAGAAACAGGGGAGGGGCCGGGCAUAACCCAUGUGGCAGAGGAGGCGGGCCCCGCCGGGGCCACGGGAGGGGCUUCCAUCAGAAAGCAGAGGACAGAGAAGUGGGAAGAGAGGGGGUGCUAUGACAAAGGGCCACAGGAGGGCCUAAGAACAAAUGUAUGUGUGCCUCCAUUAUUAAUUUGCAUAGAUUACAGCCCUGCACCAGAACUGCCAUGCACUGUAGUAUCCUACCUUCCUUUGCAUUGCUGUUCUCCUGCUCUUUGGCAUGCACGUUAAUGCACACUUCUGUCAGAUACAGACGGUUGUUGGUUUCUGUUGUGAUGCAAUAUGAUUUAAAAGAACAACUAAUUAAACAAAAUUUUCUCUGGA